AUAUGUAUAUGUUGUGUAUAGUGACGUGUGUAUGUUUUCUACAUCAUAAAAGUGAUUUUUUGUUUUCUUCUGUAAAAUAUCAUGAUUAGUUAGUCUAAUUAAGUCAAUAUAUUUGAAAUUAUUUAAGCAAUAAUAUAACAUAUUGCAAUCAAAUAUAAUACGUUUGAUAUUGAGUAUCUACGUGGAAAAUGGCGUGGUUCGGAGAUGGUCUUUCUAGUUUAUCAAAUUUAAAAGGACAAAUAACGAACUUUACAAAAGAAGUACUUUCUGAAGGCAUUGUCAAUGAAAUAGAUGAUCGAUCAAAACAACUGGAAGAAGCGAAUGAAAAAUGUGCUGAGCUCCAGGAAUUAUUAAAUUCCAAGGAUGCUGAGAUUGCUCUUCUCAAGAGACAUAAUUGUGAACUGCAAAAAACAGUGGUGGAGUUAAAUAUCCGAGUCAGUGAAACGCAACAAGAUGCCAACAAAGAUGAUGAAGGUGGAGGAUUCUUUUGGGAUCCAUUGUCAGCAAAAAAUCAUGACGUCAAAAGCAAUAAAAGUCAAGUUAAAGAACUUCAGGAGCAACUUAUUCAAUCAAACUUGAGAGUGCAUGAAUUGGAAGAGGAAUUAGAAAAGUAUAAAAGGAAUUUUGAUAAAAAGGAUCCUAUUUCUGAUGGUCAUCAGAAAGCAGAGCUUCUUCGAGCUAAACAAGAUAUAGUAAAUCGUAUAAUUCAAAUCGGAGAAAAGGGUCGAGAAGCGGAAAAAAAUAUGAAGAAAUUACAGUUGGACGAGACAACAUUCAUUAAUGAUUUUCGCGCGGCAAUAUCAAAGCUCGAAUGUCAUGAACAGAUUCAUUUGAUUCGUUGCGCACUGAAGGCAUUGGAAUUCGACAAUAGUGACGGUGAAAUGAAGGAAAAUGAAGAGAAAUCGAAUAACUUUGGAAAAAGAAAGAAUACACUAAGUCCAAAAAUUUAUAGUGACGAGUCUAAUACAAAUGGAAUUCACAACAGAGAAGCAGAUUUAUUGGCGAAAGUAAAAGCGUUACAAGAGGAAAAUAAAAAUCUUUCAUGUGGUAUUGAAGAGCUUGAUCAACAGCAUGCUCAAUCAAUCGAAAAAAUACUGGCUCUUAAAGAAGAAUUGCAGAAAAAACAUAAAGUACUCCAAACUGCGUAUGAGUCUCUUUAUGUUGACUACAAUGCUGCUCAAGAAAAACUUUCUCUUCUGGAAACGGAAUUAUCUAAUAGUAAUUCUAGCACGGAUCAGAAGAUAAUUCCAAAAUUAGAUAAAGAUAAUCAAACUGAUUUAUUGAUAACAAAUAUUAUAAGAAAUGAUGAAAAUAAUUCGCUAAAUGAAACAACAAAUGAGAACAAAUCGAUUCAAACAGAAGAGGAAAUGAAAAUUCAAGAUACAACACUGAAAUUAUUAACAAAACGUGUCAAUGAGAUUGUAAAAAAUUCGAAUAUUCAAUACGAAGAGGGAGAACACAUUUUUGAAAUAAUUGCUAAGCAGUUGGUAGAUACUGAGUGGAAGAAAAAUACAUUAGAGCGAAAGAUAUCCGAACUCACAGAAGAAUUAAAGCAAGUAAAUGACGUUAAAGAGAGUUUGCAAAUAGAAUGUGAUGAACUACAAAAUCACGUGGAGUCUUUGGACUUAGAAAUUCAGCAUAUGAAAUCCAAUUUACCAUCAAUUCCCGAGGCCAGUGAAGAAAGAGUUGCAUCUUUAGAAUCAGAAAUUGAGUCUAUGUCUCAAAGAAUAAAACAACUCCAAAAUGAUAAUGAAAUAUUGAAUUACAAAAAUUCUGAAUUAAUAACUGCCAUGAAUAAUGUCGAAGGUUCAUUGAGAAAUCAAGAAAAUUUAGAAGCUGAGGUUCGAAAUACUAAACAACAACUAGAAAUAGCUCAACAACAAUUAGCUGGAGUAUCUAAAAAUGUAGAGAAUAAUGAAAAUAUGAUGGAAGAUCUUUCUAGAAAACUACAUGCAGCUUUAAAUGAAAACAAUGAAUUGAGGAAAAGAAAUGAUGCAUUAAGUUCUCGAGAAAGACAAAUGACAGAACAGUUAAGUAUGUACGAGGCAAAGUGCAAAAGUCUAGAUGAAAAUAUCGAAUUGAUUGAAGAGCUUAAAUUGGACAUAAGUAAUGUAAAAAAGGAAUUACAAAAUUCUAUAGAAAAUUCUAAACGACUAGAAAAUGAAUUGACUUUAGUUUAUGAUGCAAAGAAGGAAAUUGAAAGAGAUAUGUUAGCUUUGUCUCAAGAAAACGAACAAUUGGAAAUGGAGCUAUCAAUUAUCAAGGAGCAUGGGGUAAUAAAUGAAGAUAACAAUUUGGUGAAGGAAUUGAGGGAUCAAGUGGAAACAUUACAAAGGGAGAAAAAUGAUCUUGAAUAUGAUUUAAUAAACAUGAGACAAGAAUUAGAUAUCGCAUUAAAUCGAGUGAGUACAGCUGAACAAAAGAAUGAAAAAAUAUCGAACAAAAUACAAAAUAGUCAAGAGUGGAAAGAUAAAGUGGACCUUUUGAAAAGAGAACUCGUUGCCUUACAACAAGAGCAUACAUUUUUAAAGGAAGAAUCUACUACAGAAAAGGCAGAAUUAGAGGAGGUGAGAAAUAAAUUGAAAGAUUGGGAAGAAAAAUAUAACUUAUUACAAAAAGAAUUACAAAUGAGUGAAGUAGAAAGGAAAAAGUUAAGUGAUAGUUACGAUAAAUUAAGAUACGAAUUGGAAGAUGUUAAAGAUAAAGAAAAGGACGAAGUUAGAAAAUUGAAAGAAAUUGAAAAGAAUUGGCUUAUGAGUGAGGAGAAAUGUAGAGAUUUGUCGCAACAAUUGAAUAAUUUUCAAGCAGAUCAUGAGUUAAAGUUGACGGCUUUAGAGCAGAAUAAUAAAAAAUUAGAAGAAGUUAUGACAGAAAAUGAAACAUUUAAAAAAGAAUUCGUACAAUUAAGGACUGAAUCUCAAAGAUUAAAUGAACUUAAGUCUAUUGUUGAAGAAAAACAACUCUUAAACGAAGAUUUAAACCGUAAAGUAGCAGAAAUUGAAGCAUUAUUAGCAGAAAAAAAUAUAGAAUUAAAGAAUUUACAAAAAACUCGUACAGAGGCAGAAAUGUAUCAACAAAAGUGCGUAGAAUUUGAAGAAAAAAUAAGAAAUAUUUAUGCUGUGGAAGAAAGGUGUCAGAAACUCGAUGAAGAAAUAGCUUUUCUAAGGACAGAAAAUGAAAAAUUAACCACAAGUCAUACAGAAUCAGAGAAAAGCCAAUUAUUAGAAGAAUUAAAUCAAAAAAUAGCUGAAAUUGAAGUAUUGAAAGAAGAAAAAAAUAAUUUAGAAAAAAAUUUAGCAGCUAGUCAACAAGAAUUACAAGCAACGAUAGAAAAAUCUCAAGAAGCAGCUCAAAUGUCAAAAGAAACAAUAGAAAAUUUAUCAGAAAUCAUAAAAAAGAAAGAUGAUGAAAUUCAAAACAUUAAAUCAACUACUGCAUUAGAUUACAAGCAACAAGUUACUGAAAACGAGAGUGUUUUGACGUCGUUAAGGGCUGAACGUGACGAACUUGUUAAACUUGUCCAAGUGAAACAUAACGAAAGUAUACAGUAUCAUAAAGAAAUUGAAAGAAUGACACAGUUAUUUAAUGAACAAGUUUCUACUUUGCAAUCAGUAGUGGCAGAUCGGCAAAGAGCUGAAAAUUUAGUCAAAGAAAAAGAAUCUGAAGUUUUGUGGGCACAAAAUGAACUGCAAGUUGUCAGACAACGACUUAAAAAUCUUGAAGAAUCAACGAAUUACGGUGAAACUUGUAAUAUACCUGAGCAUUCAACUAAAUUAUCUCAAUUAACAACACUAAAUGAGAAAUGUAAUGCUCUGGAAGCAGCUCUUGUUAAAGAACAAUCAAGUAACAGAAUUUUGCAAAAUCAAUUAACAGAAAGUCAACAGAGAGAAAAUGUAGCGGCGAAAAAUUUGGAAAGAUUACAAGCACAUUUAGUUGAAAUAGAAGAAAAUCACACAGAAGAAGCUUUACUUAUGGAACAAAGUAAAAAAGAAUUAGAAACAAAACUUAUACAAGCUGAAGAAGUUCUUAAAAACAAUUCUACCGUAUAUACGUCAGCUAGUAUUCGAGCUAAUCAACAGGUUGAAACUCUUCAACAACAAAUGGCUUUAAUCAUUCAACAGAGAGAUGAUAUUCAAAAUAAAUUAUCAGCUGCUGAGGAUAAAGUUUUGGCACAUACUGCAUCUUUGACAAAUUUGCAAAUUGUUUUGGAACAGUUCCAAAGAGAUAAAGAAAAUGAUAUACGCAAUGCAACAGAAAAAAUCCGACAGCAAUUAAACGAUUCUUACAAGAAACAAGAAGAGCUUAAUGGAGAAAUUGCUAAUUUAAAACAUCAACUGGCAGAAGCAAAAGGAUGUUUGCAAGCAGCUUCUCGAUUGAGUGAACAGCUGGACAAAAAAACUGAAAGAAUUCAAAAACUUAAUGAAGAAGUUACGAAAUUGACUGAACUUGUUAAUACAGCUGAAGAAAGAAUUCAGAAAGCAAGAGAGAGUGGUGAAGGCAAAGUUGAUAAAAAUUUAAUGAAGAAUCUUCUCUUGGGCUUUUUGGCAGCAUCAAAUACAGACAAAUUAUCCGUACUAAAAGUUUUUGCGACAGUCUUAGAUUUUAAUGAAGCUGAACGUGAAAAAUCUGGAAUCAACAGUUCAACAUCACAUGGAGGAUGGUUUUCAGGGCUGCUAACCAGUGGUGGAGGUCCACCCACAAAGGAUCAAGAAGCAUCAUUAUCAGCAGCAUUUAUUAGAUUCUUAGAAAAUGAAUCAAAACCUAUGUCUUCGGUUCCAGCCUUACCUAUUUCUAAUACACAAAUUUCACGGCCUGGACACAGUCGACAACAUUCGACAUCUUCCAAUCAAUCUGGCCUUUUACUAUCAAACGUUACACUUCCAGCAUUUCCUGACUUUAUACCGUCAAGAAAUACAGGAUCGAUAUUGAAAGAAGUACUAAAAGACAGUUGAUACUAAUUUAUUAUUUCAAGUAUAUUGAGAAUACAAAAUAUUACAAUUAUUUUUUGUAAAUAUGUAAAACAAGAUUUGCAAAAAUAACUAUUCUCAACCAAUAUCGAAAUUUAUAUUAAUUAAAAUUUCAUUGUGUAAGUUAUUUUUUAAUUAAUGGCAAUGCAAUGAAAUAUUGUAUAACAUAUUUAAAAUCAUAAAUUUAUUCCACAUAGAAAUGAUGUAUUUAACAACGAAUUAAACCAUGUUGGCUGUCAUUGGCUAAGUUAAUUAAUUAAAAAAUUAUUUAUAUUUUAUUUUAUGGAUUAAGUGAUAUGACUUAUUUCAGUGGUGAUAGAAAAUAACUUGAUAAAAAAAUAUUUUAAAAAUCAAAUAUAACAGAAAAUUAAACAAAAAAUAAAUUAGUAAUAAUGAAGACAGUCAAAGUGAUGUAUAACAAUAUUGUCUUUAAUUAAUAUUUCUUAAAUUAAAAAUGUAUAGUUAAGAAGUAACAUACACUAAAUAGCUUUAAGAAAAUUUAUAACUGAAUGAUGUAAGAAACCAAAAGAAAUU